UCCCCGGGCCCGCCCGGGAGGUGCGGGCAUCUCGGCCUGCGCCGGCCUGACCGUGGGCUCACAUAUGGGCCUUUCCAGAAGCAAAACCAAACUGGAUAAAGGAGAGGAGGACAAGAAGGAGCUCGCCUGUUCCGUUCCCAAGUCCAAGAACAAGUGGACGAAGAAGCCAUCCCAGGAGGCCAAGGAGGCCGGCAGCCUUGCCGCGGGGCUGGGGUCGGGCAAGCACCAACGGCCCUCCUCCUCCUCCGGAGAGAAACCUGAUGUAAAACAGUCGAGCAGGAAAAACACCAUCACUCCACAGAUCGUCAUCACUCGGGCCUCAAAGGAGAGUAUAGUCAGCUACAGUUCCACUGGAAGUGAGGAGCAGAGGACCAUCCGGGAACAGGCUGAAUGGGGCCCCUACCGCCGACACAGGAACCCCAGUACAAUAGCAGCCUACCUGCCUGACAAAGAGUAAACAGAAGCUUCCAGUCGCUGUCCUUCUUUGCUGCGACUGAGUCCCACUAUGGGGCUCUAAGUGACCAUUGGGUCGUUUCUCCCCAGAGCCACUGGCAGACAGAUAUGGGGGAAGCUACUGGCUCAGAUACUGUGAUACUAAAGGAAUA